AUCUAUUUGGCGUUUAUUAAAAUCAGAGUUCAAAAUAAUAACUUAUAUGUUUUGUAUUUAUGAAUUGUUUUGAGUAUUACUAGUAACAUUCUUAUUACAACUUUUUAUUUUGGAACGUUAAUAUUUCGCGCAUUUGAUAAGAAAAUUUAUUCGCAGAUGGAAGCCCGGGACGAAAUUUUAUAUCAACUUAUAUUUCUAAGGCUAUUUUGAAAAAUGAAGAGGAAACACAAAAAUGGUUAAAGUAUAAAAGUGAUCAUGAAACUGCUAUAAAAAAUUUAGAAGAAUUCCGAAAAAAAAUUAGCGUGGAAGUAAUGGUUCCAAUCGGAAACAAAGCAUUAAUACCAGGCUAUUUAACGCAUACAAAUGAGGUUUUUGUCAGUCACUUUGGAAAAUUUAUUUCAAAAUGCACCUCUUAUCAAGCACAAGAAAUAUGCAAAAAUCGAAUUAAUAUAGCAGACGACUAUUUAACUAAAUUAGAAGUGGAAAGAGAUAUGUUUAAAAAUAAUAUUGAAAUACCGCAUAUCCAAGGAGCGGUACCUGGAAUGGAGAUGCAAGAAAUUAUAGAAGAAUAUGACGAAGAGAAGGAAAAGGAAUGGAGGGAAGAACAUAAAAAAAGAGCUCGAUUGGAAAAAUUAAAGGAAAGAGAUGUUACUAACAAGGAAGAUAAAACGUAUGAAAAUAUUAUAAUGAAAUUAGAGGAACUAGAAUUAUUAGAAGAACUGGAAACUGAACUUGGUGAAUUAAAAAUUGAAGAUGACGACACGUUGAAAAAAUUGAUGUCAGGAGAACUAAAAGUUGAAGAAAAACCAAGAGUUUCCCACUAUAGAACGCGCGAUAUAAUUGAUAAUAUUACGAGUGAUAAUCAAUUUCAAGAAAAUUUGCUAAGUAGCACAGAUUCUAAUUUAAAUUUCCAAAUAGGCAAGAACCAAAAAGGUCAUUAUGACGAUGAAUUUAUUUGUGUCGACAAUAUAGUUGAAGAUGAAAUGUCAGAAAGUUCAUCAGAUGAAGAUUUUCCAGAAGAAUUUAUUGAAUACAAAAAUCAAGCCGAAAAAAUAGAUUCAUAUCACAAAAAGUUUGCAUUUGUUAAAGAGAAAAUAAAAUUGAUUGAAACAGAAAUAGAUAGCAUGAAAAUAAGUAGUAUGACUGAUCUCAAUUGUAAGUUAAAUAAAGUGGAAGCUCGCGACUAUCUAAUAGAUUAUGCUUUAACUUUAGAAGACCAAGAAAAUUCGUACAUAGAAGUCGAGACUAAAAAUAUUCCUUACAAAAAAAAUAUUAACACAACCGAUACUUCAGAAAAGAAAAUUAAAAAAAAUCAACGAAUAUCUUUCAUUCUAGAAAAUGAUGUAACUUAUAUUGACCAAAAUGAAACGGUAGAAAAUAUGUUUACAAAAAACCGUCAAGAAUUUGGUAAAGAUAAAAUUGUUUUAAAUCCGAAGCCUGAAGAAAAUAAUUUAGAGACCAUAAAUUUUGAUAAAAAUGAAUUGACAAUACUUGAAAAAGUGGAGAAAAAUGUCAAUCACAUGCAAGAAACACAAAGCUACGAAGAUUUUGAUUUAGUUUCAAAAAUUUUAAGCAGUAAUAAAAACGCUCACACUCUACAAAUAACGUUUAAACACUCACCAAAUAUCUAUAAAUAUAAUAAAAAUGAACAAUGUAUUAAUAAUGUUAUUGAAAGUCCAGUGAAUUUUUAUGAAAUGUUUGGCGAACAAUAUCCACAAAAUUUAGAUUCAAUUUUUACCACCAAUGAGGAAGGCAAUGAAAAAUUGAAAAUUGAGUCUGAUAAGGGAUUAAAAAAUAAGGAAAAUAAUUUAAAUGGAUUCGACAAGAAAACAAUCCAUAAAGAUGAAACAACAACAACUAAUAAAUCUGGAAAUGAAUUUGAAAUUGACACAACAAAAUCGCAAUUAGAAAAAAAAGAAUCGUCAAAGACUGAAACAGCACCCACAAUCCCGACCAUUUUAAAAAAUAAAGAUGCUGUUAAGCGUGAACGGCAUUUUCAAAAAACAAAAGAUGAAAAAGGGAACGCUAUUCCUAAAAUGAUUUUGGGUGAUGUGAUUACAAACCCAGAACCAGAAAAAUGUCAUGAUCUGUCCUUCGGAAAUAUUAUCAACACACAUGCGCCUAAAAAAAGAAUUAGCAGAUUUAAACAGAGUAGAGUUUCAAAAUUACCAUAAUCUACUUAGGAACGUAAUUUUUAUUGCUUGUAAACAAAAAAUUUAAACUUUAAAUAUAAAAACACCAA